CUCUUCCGCUGCGUCGGAAUCAAGAGGACUCAAAUCAGGAGAAACAAAUCUUUCAACAAGCAAAAAGUUCAUGUUGGACUUUUUAAAAGAGCUUUGAGGGACACAUGAAGGGGAGCCUGCAUAUGUUCACUGGCGUGGAGUGCGGUGGGAUGUUUGGACGCCGCAGGGCUGCAGAAGCAACACAGCUUCCAAGCUGAACAUGGAGAGCUUGACCAAGCCAGAGUUGCUUAUGCUGUUCAGCAUCCUGGAGGGAGAGCUGGAGGCAAGAGACAUGGUCAUUGAUACACUAAAGGCUCAGCGUAAAGACCUCUUCAUCCAGGAACGCUAUGGAAGGUACGACCUCAGCGACCCUUUUCUGGCCCUGCAGAGAGACGGAGAGACGGUGGGGUCCCAAGACAGCAAGGACUCUGGGUGCUCCCCGGCCACUUCGAACCCCCUGGUGGUGCUCAAACUGGUGGUGAGCCACUGCAGGAGGAUGCAGGAGAAGAUGCUGGCCCAGCUGGCUGCAGCCGAGAGCAGGCACAGAAUGGUGAUUGCGGAUCUGGAGGAGGAAAAGAGGAAGCAUGCCGAGGACACGGCCGAGGGAGAUGAUGUCACCUACAUUCUGGAGAAGGAACGGGAGCGCUUACAUCAACAGCUGGAGUUUGAACGCAGCCAGGUGCGGCGUCUGGAAAAGGAGCAGCGCCGCAUGAGUGAUCAGCUGGAAGAGGAGCGUGCUCAGCAUAAACAGCUCUCCUGCGCUUUGGCUAAAGAAUGCAAGUGGGCCAGCGCCAGAGCCCUGGAGGAGGGACACCGACUCACCGAACUCAGUCGCAAGCUUGAAAAGGAGAAGGAGGCGUGUCAGGCCCUGAAGAAAGAGCUGGAGGAGGAGCGGAGGAGAGCUCUGAGAAUGGAGGCCCGGGUGGAGGAGCAGCUGGCCGAGUUUGACACGGAGAGAGAGCAGCUCCGCUCCAGACUCAAGAAGGAGGAGGCUCACUGUCAUCUGCUGCAACGACAGGUGGAGGAGCUGCAAAACCAGCAGAGUGAUGUUACCAUGGUGACGCACCUUCUUCAAGACGGGGCCGGCGUAUCAUCACAGGUCAAAGGUGACCCCAGCACGGAGGAAGAUGAAGAAGGCCAAACAGACGUUAAUGGUCACCAUUGUGUGAUGGAGGGUUCAAACAGCCCCCCCUCACAGAAGAUCCCAAAUGGGAAUCUCUCUCCUGGAGCUCCGCAGAGUUCCUCUCCGUGUGCUUCUCCUGUGCUGGCUAAACGCCCCUCUGGUGGUCCCAUCCCGACAGGCGUUCCGACCCCCUCGGCAGGAAAGCAGUCGCCCUACCAGGCAGGAAUCAACCAGCGAUUUCACGCCGCUCGUCACAAAUUCCAAAGCUCCCCUGACCUGGAGUCUGCGUCCGCCCACCUUGUAUCCCCAAAGGACGCCCCCCCAGCUAGCUCCACCUCUCCUCCACCAGAAUCUGUCCAAGUCAAGCAGAUGGCCCGUAGCACCGUCACUCAAGCAUUGUCCCGCUUCACCACCGUGCAGCAGACGCCAAAACUGGCAAACAAUUCCCCCUUCGGUACAGACUACCGCUGCCUGGCGGCACCCUUAUCGCCCAUGGCGGGCCGAGCCACGGCGCCUCAAGGGGUGCGGUCGCCCACUAUCCCCAGAGCGGACAGGGGGAACCCUCCACCCAUCCCGCCUAAGAAACCCGGGCUGGCCCAAGCCCCUCCGUCUCCGGCUUCUCUUCCCAGGUCUUCCAGUCACUGUAACGACUCCGCCCUGUCUGGAAGCUGUGGUCUCACGUCCGGCCAGGAUGGAGUCAAAGAACUGGACGUGGUGGUCUCCUCCAACUGACCCCUUAGUAUUGGAAACACUGUUUAUACUUCAUACUGUAUGCUGUAUUUAUUAUUGCUGUAUAGAAAUAUACAUAAAUAUAUAGCUAGUAUUUGUCUUGUAGUUAAACCAUAGGAAUUCUUUCAUUGUUGCUUUUAUUAAUAUAAAACUGUAUAUUUUUGUAAAGAUUCCUUACUUGAUUAUAGAAAUAUACUUUUAUACUUAAAUGUUGACUUUAUAUAAUAAUUAUUAUAUGCAGUCCCAAACAUGGUACAGUAUUCAUUCAUUCAUUCAUUUUCUACCGCUUAUCUUCAUGGGGGUGCUGGAGCCUAUCCCAGCUGUCUUUGGGCGAGAGGCAUGGUACACCCUGGACUGGUCGCCAGCCAAUCACAGGGCACAUAUAGACAAACAACCAUUCACACUCACAUUAAUAUAUUACAUUAAAUGCAUACAUUCAUUAACCUAGCAUGUUUUUGGAAUGUGGGAGGAAACCGGAGUACCCGUAGAAAACCCACGCAUGCACGGGGAGAACAUGCAAACAGAGAUGCCCAAGCAGGGAAUCGAACUCCUGGUACAUUAUGUUAGGGGUAUUUUUGUAAUGAAUAUUGUGCAUAUAUUUGCAUAUUUGUGCUCUCAUGUGAUGACAUUCCUAUUGUGUAUAUGCUGGAAGGUUGAAUAAAUGCAACUAAACAA